AACAUCAUCCAAUUUUUGUGCCCUAGCCCCGUUAGCUUAGGAUCAGUGUGAGUAUAGGGAAUUGCAGUGGCAAUUAAAUUCCGGUUUCGAACUCAUGCACCCGCAGCAGAAUGGCGGUGUGGCGGCGGUGGCAGGCCAGCCCGCAUGUGCUUCUUGCAAGCACCAACGGAAGAAGUGCGACGAGAAGUGCGUAUUGGCCCCACACUUCCCCGCAGAGAGGAAAGCGGAGUUCGACGCUGCCCAGAAGGUGUUCGGGGUCAGCAACAUGUCGAAGAUGAUGAAAAAAGUGCUGCCAGAGCAGCGGACGGACGUUGCGGAGUCCCUCAUCUGGGAGGCCACUUGCUGGACUCGGGACCCGGUGCAAGGCCCUAGGGGCGAGCACAAGCAGCUCCAGCACGAGCUCGACUACUACAAAGAGCUGCUGGCCAAGUUCCAAUGCCCCCAGAGGUUUAAGCCCGCCCCGGCCCCAGCGACGGCCUUGCCAUCAGGGUCAGCUCCCGGUGGGUGGGGAUACCCCAACACCAGAAACCACAGCCACAGCAACGGCUACCGCAAUGAGGCCAACGGGAUAAUCACUGGCAAUGGGGCCAGCAGCAAUCAUGCCAAUGCAGUUAACUUCACUGGGGGGCAUCAGAUUAUUAGCAACGCCACUGCUCCUGCUACUGCUCUGACCUAUGUUCACGACAAUGGAAGCUCGAUCAUCGACCCGAGCCCAUAUGGCUCUGCUAACAGCAAUGGACAGAGCCGUGAGACUGUAAGUCAUCAGGAGAGGGAGAUCGCAUCGUCCAUGCGGCUGGCAACUCAGAUGCAUCCGUCGCACCACCGGAUCAAUGGUUUCAAUCAUCAGCAGGGGUAUUACGACUUUCCAGGUACAUAA